AUGCUCGUCGUGUCGCAGCGUCACCUCACACAGCGCGCCGCCAAGUGGAUCGUCGCAUACGCCAAACGGUCCUUGACAGCAAAGACGUCGCGCGCAAUCUCCAACCGCGCAGCGAAAUGGAUCACACUCGUGGCAGCACGCUACCUCGCCCGCCAGCAGAGCAGGUUCCUCGCCGUGCACGCGUCGCGCUUUCUCGUCCAGACGGCCAGCAAGGUGAUUGCCAAGCAUGCCAGUAGGGGGAUCACCGAGGUGGCCAAGGCCGCCGUGCUGGCCGCUGCCAUGUCGCCCGUCGUGCAGAGUGUCGUUGCGCAGUCAUGA